UUGUGUCUCCAUAGCUGGCAUCCGUGUCUGUGCUGGAUCUGGCUUGUUCUAUGCUGGUGGAUGCUGAGGAGAUCUCCUGCUUCUUCAUCGCCUGUGUUGCUGUGCAGGUGUAAGUGGCUGGGGCUUGGCCAGAAAACUAAGAAUUGAGGAAUUUGGUAAAUAAUCUGCAGCUGGCCAGUGCCUUCCUGCACUCCUAGCAUCAUCAUGACAACAGAAAAGAGCCCAGCAGCUGACACUGACAACUCAGAGCAGCAGCAAGCCAAGGAGGAGGAAGGAGCUGCUGAAACACAGCAGCAAGAGGCUUCUCUGGAGGAAGGGGCUCAGCCAACACCAGAGAGGCAGCCCCAGAGGCAGAAGGCCUCCAACGGAGAUACCCCCACGCACGAGGAGCAGGGCAAGAAAGAACAUCGCGCCUCUGAGGGUCGAGGUCUCUCCCGCCUCUUUUCCUCCUUCCUCAGGAGGCCCAAGUCUCAGGUAUCCGAAGAGGACAAAGACACUGAUGCUCCUAAAGAGGCGGGAGGUGACCAGAAAGAUGCAGGAUUAGGAGCCAGCCCUGAUGAAGAUAUCUUGGUGAAAGCCCCGAUUGCAGCUCCUGAGCCCGAGCUCAAAACUGACCCAUCGCUGGAUCUCCAUUCCUUGAGCAGUGCAGAAACACAGCCUGCUCAGGAAGAGAGGAGGGACGACCAGGAGCCUUUGGGAAGAGACCUCGAGGACAGGGAAGAAGGAGAAGCAAAGGAAGAGGGUGCCAAGCCAGAACUGAAGCCAGAGUCUCUGGAGACUAAAGCAGACAAAGAUUUGAAAGCUGCCCAAAAAGUAGUGAAAAGACACAGAAACAUGUACUGCAAAGUUGUCUUGCUGGAUGACACCAUUUUUGAGUGUUCUGUGGAUAAACACACCAAGGGACAGGAUCUACUUAAAAAAGUCUGUGACCACCUCAAUCUGCUGGAAGAAGACUACUUUGGUUUGGCCACAUGGGACACACCAACCUCCAGGACAUGGCUGGAUCCUGCCAAAGAAAUAAAAAAGCAGGUUCAUGGAGGCCCCUGGGAUUUUACCUUCAAUGUCAAGUUUUAUCCACCAGAUCCCGCGCAGCUAACAGAGGACAUCACCAGGUAUUACCUGUGUCUGCAGCUUAGACAGGACAUCCUUACAGGGCGGCUGCCCUGCUCCUUUGCCACCUUAGCUCUGCUGGGUUCCUACACUGUCCAGUCAGAGUUGGGAGAUUAUGAUCCUGAUCUCCAUGGCCCAGAUUACAUCAGUGAAUUCAAACUGGCCCCAAACCAGACAAAAGAGCUUGAAGAAAAGGUUGUGGAGCUUCAUAAAACAUAUAGAUCGAUGACUCCAGCCCAAGCAGACCUGGAAUUUCUUGAGAAUGCAAAAAAGCUGUCUAUGUAUGGAGUCGACCUUCACCAAGCCAAGGACUUGGAAGGAGUGGAUAUCACUCUGGGAGUCUGUUCCAGUGGCCUUCUUGUUUACAAAGAUAAACUGAGAAUCAACCGCUUCCCAUGGCCCAAAGUCCUGAAGAUUUCCUACAAACGCAGCAGCUUCUUCAUAAAGAUUCGGCCAGGGGAGCAAGAACAGUAUGAAAGUACAAUUGGGUUCAAGCUACCAAGUUACCGGGCAGCAAAGAAGCUCUGGAAAGUAUGUGUUGAACAUCACACCUUCUUCAGGCUGACUUCCACUGAGGCUAUCCCAAAGAGCAGGUUCCUGGCACUGGGCUCCAAGUUCCGCUACAGCGGCCGGACGCAGGCGCAGACGCGGCAGGCGAGCGCCCUGAUCGACCGACCCGCGCCCCAGUUCGAGCGCACGGCCAGCAAGAGAGCGUCCAGGAGCCUUGAUGGAGCUAAACGUGCGACUCAAAAGGUUGAGUUCAGAACCAUAGAGGAAGAGAAGCAGAAGGAGGUGGUGGUGGUUGAGGUUCCUGAACCAAAACCUGCGGAUCAGAUCCGAGAGAAGCCAGCCAAACACACUCUUGAAACUUUUGAAAUGAAACCCAUUGCAGAGGAGGAAGAGGAGGAGGAGGAGGUAGAGAUCAUUAAGGUUCCUGUUGUCAAGCCAAAGUCAGUGGAGCUGGUGCAGCCAUGGUCAGCAGUGGCUGUGAUAACCCCAGAGCGGAGUCCCCGGCCUACCUCAGCCCCAGCCAUCACUCAGAGCCACCCUGCAGAGCCAGCCCCAGCUAAGUCCAACGUGAAGGAUGUGGCCACAUCUAAAGUAGGGAAGGAAACAGCAAAAUCUGAUGUGAGACGUGAAGAAUUUCCACUGGAGAAACCCGACGAGCCAGUGGAUGCCUCAAAGGUGAGGAAAACACAUAUUGAGGUCACAGUCCCCACCAUGAAUGGUGCCCAGCCCCAGCAGCAGCCUGCAGAAAAAGAGGAAGAGCUGAUAAGAAUGAGGAAGAAGAGAUCAAAGAGGCUAGAUGGUGAAAACAUUUAUAUCAGGCAUAGCAAUUUAAUGUUGGAGGAUCUAGAUAAGACCCAGGAAGAAAUAAAGAAGCACCAUGCCAACAUCAGUGAGCUGAAGAAGAACUUCAUGGAGUCUGUCCCAGAGCCUCGGCCGAGUGAGUGGGACAAACGUUUGUCCACCCACUCCCCUUUCCGCAGCCUCAACGUCAACGGGCAGAUUCCCACGGGAGCGGAUGGACCCCCGCUAGUGAAGACACAGACUGUCACCAUCUCUGACGUUUCCAGCGCCGUCAAAAGUGAAAUUCCCACAAAGGAAGUCCCUAUUGUCCACACAGAGACAAAGACCAUCACCUACGAAGCUGCACAGACAGAUGGUGGCAAUGGGGAUUUAGACCCUGGCAUCCUGCUGACUGCCCAGACCAUCACUUCAGAAACCACCAGCAGUACCACCACCACCCAGAUCACCAAGACUGUGAAAGGUGGCAUUUCAGAGACACGGAUUGAGAAGAGGAUUGUCAUCACGGGAGAUGCAGAUGUAGACCAUGACCAGGUCCUGGCACAGGCAAUCAAGGCUGCUAAGGAGCAGCACCCAGACAUGUCGGUGACCAAAGUGGUUGUGCACCAGGAGACAGAGCUUGCAGAGGAGUAAUUGGGCUGUGAAACGUUCCUGCCCAUGACAACACCAGGAAAAAGAAACCCAGCAAAACUACCAAGAAACUACUUGGAGCACAAAGGCCUCGGAUUUCAGACUUGACACUCAGAGACAUUCAUAUAAUUUAUUAAGAGUUGCGCUUUGACAUUUUACUUGAGAUUUUUCCAGAGUCCACUAGAUCCUACUGGAUAUAGGGUUUUGUUUUGUUGGGGUUUUUUAUAUCUAUCACAACAGAAAUAUGCCAUAUUUCUAACUUCUAAAAUAUUUCUAGUAUUUUUUACACGUUUUCAGUUUUGCAUUCCCUCUCACGCAAAGCCUCUUCAGACACAGAAUCUCACCUCACAGGGCUCCAGGGCUCCCUGUUUUAACUCGUAUUCCCUCUGCCUCGUCAGGGAUAACGGAGCUGUUCCAUGCAUGUUCCCAGUGCGGGCUCUGUAUGCGCCUUCACAAAGCCAUGGGUCCUUCUUCCAGGAGAGUCAGUUUAAAGAGUCAGACUUUGUGCAGCAUUUCCAAUUGCCUCUAGAUUAUUUUUGUAGCUCUGGGGAGCUCCAGCACCGCUGCGACCCCUGGGCUGCUCUGAGCUCCCUCCCCACUGGGUUCCAGCCCUGAUGUGUGAUCACAGUAGGGUUUUGUGGUGUAGCCUGUGCACACAUCUGAAUAGUUGACUAGAUAUAAGGAAUACUGGAAGUUGCUUCAAGUAUCUUAUACUGUGAAUUUUAGAGCUUUAAGAGGAUAGCAUCUCGCUUUCUUCCCGUGUGUCUCUGCCGAGUGCUCUCCACCUGUUUGUGUUUUCUAGAUGCCAUUAAAUUAAAAAGCCCUUAGAAAUGUGUGUUUAAGGUGUUUGGACUCGGGAUGCGAUUAAGGUAGGCUUGUGCAGCAUUCACAGGAACUGAGCUUUUCAAUGUCAUAGUUUUUCACUUGUUUGUGUUCAUGAUUUUUAAAUUACGGAGGGGUUUUUGGUUUUUUUUGUAAGUCAUGGGUUGGGUUUUUUUCCUCCCCUCACAGUGCUAUUUAAAGCUGAACACAUUACCCAUUUCUCAGAGCAUGUAUCCUACUAGCAUUUAAUUUCAAUUCCUUUAGACAAUCCUUCCUAGGCCUGCAAGCUGUAUUUGGAGAGGCUGAACAAGGAAUUUUAGGAGGUGUCAGGUGUUGCUGAUUGUGAAAGAGCCAAACCACAUGGGAAGUGUUGACAUUCCCUCUUCCACACUGGCCUGCGGGUCUGGAUUUGGCUUCAUGACCCCCUUGCUGGAAUGAAAUAUCAGGGUGAUUGUCUGAAUCUUGAGGCUGAGCUUACAGACCCCCAGGGCCAUCUCAAGCACAGAGGGGGUGAUGCAAAAACAUGAUUUCAGGGGCUGGAUGUGCUCCCAUUUCUGCUCUCUAAGCUUCAUGGGAAUGUUCUUGCCUGGUUUGUCCUUCCACCAUUUAAAUUCAAGAAGCAAAAAACCAACCAAGCUCUGUAAAGAGUCUGCCCAGACACUUGUGAACACUUUAGUCCACUUGAGGUUGUGAUUUUUU